AAAUAUGAACACGCAUUUUCUCAUAUUAUUUUCGGUAAUAUUUCUUCUAUAUGCAGAGAACGUACUUUCUUUGGGAUGUAAAUCGCCAGGCGGGACAUCUGUAGAUUGGUUCAUGCUAUACAAGAUUCCAAGAAAUACGAAAAAGAAUAACGAAGAAGUCAGAGGCGGCGAAAAAUUUUACUACCUAGAUGCAAAUUCUAAUCCGAAAAAAUUAAAUUUCUAUGAUGCUGACAUUAGAGGACAGACCAACAACUCAUUGUAUCAUACGCUUCAACAAAUAUACAAUGGCGAAUCAACGAAACAUGCGAUAUAUAACGAUCAGCCACCAGAGUCGAAAACUUGCAAAAAUUUCAAAGAAAGUGGACACCUUAAAGGAGCAACGGCUUUCAACAAAGAGGAAGGAUUUUGGAUGAUUUCGAGCAUACCUAGAUUUCCACUUCCAAAAAAGUACGAGUAUGGAGGUGGUCAACUCCUAUUUGGACAGUCAGUGCUUUGCAUAACAUUUGGGAAAAAUUAUCUUGACAAGAUAGUAGAAGCAUUCAGCAUUACUAAACCAUGUAUCUAUGAUGGGAACAUUACGUUUGGGAUGUCAUCCGAUUUAAGUAAAGAGUUUCUGUUUACAUCAAAAGGAGGAACAACGUUUAGAUAUUUCGGGAAAUCAAAUAACUAUAAAGGAGACUUGUAUGCGAACUUCGUUGCAGAAAAGUUGAUGGAUAAUUUAAAGGUUGAAACCUGGCGUUCUGAAGACAUAGAUGGAUUUUCGUCGUCAUGCGGUGACUACAAGGUUUUGAAUGUCAAAGAAGUUAUCUUCAAUGAUGGGUUUGAAUUCAGAUCUUCGAAAGAUCAUUCAAAAUGGGCAGUAACAGAAAAAAAAUCCUGGAUAUGUAUCGGAGAUUUGAACAGAGCGGACUCUCAGUGUAAACGAGGUGGGGGAACAAUGUGCCUAGAACAUAAGGACGUCUCAGAACAUUAUAGAAGUUUGAUUAAGUCGUACGAAGAAUGUGGCAACAAAAGACAGAAGUCAGAUUGCUCCUUUGAUGACAAUUAUCCAAGAAAAAGAAGCAAAGUUUGCCCCAAGGCAUAAUAUUUCUCAAGAAAUCUUCAACUAUUCUUACAUGGACUUUAGAAACGUAACAGUGGAAAACUUUAUCUAAU